UGAACUAGUCGCUUUCACGACAAAACACAAGCUUCAUCAUUGUUCCUUUUUUUCCCAAUCCACAAGUUCCAUCCAUAAAUUAGCUCGAACCCUAAAAAACUAAUCUGAAUCUUUAUUCCUCUGAAUUUUUCCGGAGAAAAUCCAGAUCGGUCGGAUCGUCUCUUUCUUCUCCCCCAAGAAAUGGCGAGUUUCAUGUCGGGAGGAUCGACGCUAAGGAAAGGUUCGGCAGCACCCAGAGGGAGGAAUCACGGAUUGACGAAACAGAAGAGAAGAGAGAUCAGAGAGGUCUUUGAUCUCUUUGACAUCGACGGUUCAGGCACCAUUGAUGCCGCCGAGCUCAGCGUUGCUAUGCGGACUCUCGGUUUCGAGAUCAAUGAUGAGCAAAUAAACGAAUUAAUGGCAGAAGUGGAUAAAGAUCGAAGUGGAGCAAUUGAUUUCGACGAAUUCGUACAAAUGAUGACAACUAAGCUCAGCGAGAGAGAUUCCAUGGAAGAGCUCUCCAGAGCUUUUCAGAUCAUCGACCACGACAACAAUGGGAAGAUAUCUUACCACGAUAUAAAGUAUAUGGCGAAGGAGUUGGGAGAAAAUUUCACGGACAGGGAGAUAGAAGAAAUGAUACAAGAAGCAGAUCGUGAUGAAGAUGGAGAAGUCAACUUCGAUGAGUUCAUGAAGAUGAUGAGAAAGACAUCUUUCCGUUAUCACAACUAAAUUCAUACAUAUAUACAUAUAUAUGUAUUGGCGGUUGUAUAAUGUAACAAGUGUGUCGUAUAGUAUGAUUCUAUUCUAUUAUUUGCUUGAAUAAUGCGCACAGUCCGUUAAUCAUUUGAUUUUGGGUAUCA